AUGUCACAUAAAGGACCUCUCGUUUUUGACCUUCGUCCGGAUACAUCGUAUAACUUGACCACGUACAUAGAUGUCUACGGGGAUCAAGGUAAAGGUGGGCGACAAGAGGAUGACGACACCCAGACUCUAGACACGGGCACGAUCCAGUGUGGUGUCUUCCACCACCACUACCAAGAUCUCUAUGCGUGCGCCACAACGGGUAACAUUUUUCUGAUUAAUAUGGCCACAGGAACCUUGAUGCGUUCAUAUUCACUUCAAAACAUAGGGGUAGUAAAGCAGAUGCUCUUCGUUAGUCCCAUUCGCAGAGUAGUGCGGCGUGUCCCCAAAAAAGGAGAUGACACAGUUAUCUUCGACCAGCCGUGCUUCUAUAACCCGUGUCUGGACGACCUGUACAUAGCCUUCAUUGUUCAGUAUCCUUUGGCUCAGUCGACAAUUCUCUAUCUGCUUGACCUUAUGUCCCCCACUCCGGAGCUCUAUCAGUAUGUCCAGUCGGAUGUUAUCCUCUCCAUUGCUACUCCUGUCUCCGGGGUUCAACUGAACGUUACCACUGCUCCAACCGUCAGUGAAGUAGAGAGCAAGCCAUUUGGUGAUUACUACAGCGUUUCUGAAAACGGACGCGUCCCUUACAUGGUCAUUGCGCUGUCGAUGAAGUACCAAGUUUGCAUCCUGUCGUUUCUGGCACCCAUGAACUUGAUCUGCUCCCAAGAUGCUCAGCGAUCUCCACUAGAAUUCUGCACCCUUCAGAUAGCCUCACCCAUACAGCUCGCCAACGCUAUCUUCAUUGCGUUUGGUAGUAAACCAUGGAGUCUCUUCAUCUGCAAGGGAUCGUCCGUGUUCAUGUACAACUUAGAGCUGGCCAAGCAAGAGGGCAACAGAGAUGCGGCGACAAAUAGUGCCUUGAAAUGGGUUGAGGAGCAGCGCAUGAAUCUCUUUCAACAUUUCCACAGCCGUCGGGCCACCAUGGACGCCUAUUUUCUAGACAACUUUGCCGCAUACACGGCCAUAUCUGAGUCCAUGAGGUUGCCCUUUAACAACUGCAAACUUGCACUCCACUGGACACUCGACCAGUCACUAAGUAAGAUUGAGCAACUGCUGCUACGUCAAGGAAAUCCUGUUGUUGUGGCGCGGAGCAAACUAUUGAAAGGCCAUGUGCUUGAGAUAAAGGCAAUCUCUGUGGCUCCGGCUAGGGAUUAUCUCGCUCUAGCGACGGAGGCGUUUGUUCUCCUGUUUUCUAUUUCUCUGCAGAAAAUUUUGGCAGUGCUCACAUAUCCAGCGCCUGAGAAUAUUGGUUUUGUUAACGUAACUCUUAAUUUUAUUAGCGGUGUCGAUGAGGAAGGCGACGGAGCCGAUUGCCGUUCCAUUGCAAGUCACGAACUGGAGAAUGCAAACGAGCAAGACCAUGCAAAUGAUGUGGCCAAUCUAGAUGACUUUGACCUCUUCGCUGAUGAGGCCGUUUCAAUAGACAACGGUGAUUCCCCUAAUUCUGAGCCCACUCUGAAAAAGAUAACGAACGAACCAGCCCUAAGCCCCUUAACACGAGAUGCCAUUCAACGCUUGAUGUCUAUGCCCUGCAUCCUGGAUACAGCAGUUCUUUCAGAUAUUAGCACUAGCACCACUGGCAAAACAACCAAGAACAUCGUCAGCGCCGAGCUUGUCUCCCGGGAUCCGUACCUUUACUUCAUGAACGAAAGUAACGUUGAGGUGCAACGAAGCGAAACAGUUAAGCAGCAUUACAAGUUAGUAGACUUCAUUUCUCGUCAUAAGCACAUGUACCCCGUUUUUCUAUCUCUUUACAACAAACACAUAGAUUCUAUCAAUCAAUUCAGAAUGGAUCGUAUCCUUUCAAGGCAAUUAGGAGCCGCUCAGCAGAAGCAAGCCCAUCCCCUAGCAAAUGUGCCAUCUAUAGCAUGUAAAUCAGUGGCCUUCACCCCACAGCUGCAUGUAGACCUUUCUCUCCACCAGAGUUUUGAAUUCCUGUGCAACGGCUCAAGGCUUGUUCUGGCCUCAAUGUGCGGUAUUGGAAGACCUGUUGUCUGGAACCUGUCAGGUUUGGACGCAUUUGCAGAGAAAUGUAAGUCUAGGGAAAACAGCACACUGAUUCUUCCGGGAUACUUGUGGAGCCUUGCUGUCCUUGAGGAGAAGGACCUUAGCUCCGCCAAUGUUUGCCAGUUUAACCCUAUCAGUGGGUUUAUGAUCAAGAACGUAGGCUCUCAACUGCGCAUUUACAUGCCAAAGUAG